AUGCGCCGCGGAGAGGUCCCGCAGGGAGGGGAGAGCUGCCGGGGGAAGAAACGGGAGAGGGGAGGGAUCCCCGCUCCCACGCUCAGCCUGCCCCAGACCUCACUGACGCCACGUCCAGACGUCGCGCCAGGGCUGGAGAUACACUUCAUACUGCUGUUCAGUCGGCAGGGGAAAUUAAGGCUGCAGAAAUGGUAUACGACGCUACCUGAUAAAGAGAAGAAAAAGAUCAUUCGAGAAAUUGUUCAGAUUAUUUUGUCUCGCAAUCAAAAAACAAGUAGUUUUGUUGACUGGAAAGACCUCAAGCUUGUUUACAAAAGGUAUGCUAGUUUGUAUUUCUGUUGUGCAAUAGAAGACCAGGAUAAUGAGCUCCUGACACUAGAGGUCGUUCAUCGAUACGUAGAGCUUCUGGACAGAUAUUUUGGAAACGUGUGCGAGCUGGAUAUUAUCUUUAAUUUUGAAAAAGCUUAUUUUAUUCUUGAUGAGUUUAUAAUUGGUGGAGAAGUACAAGAAACUUCCAAGAGGUCUGCAGUGAAAGCCAUCGAAGACUCUGACAUGUUGCAGGAGACAGUGGAAGAGUACAUGAACAAGCCUGCAUUUUAAUGUUAAAACUACCUGGAGAGAGAACUGCUGUAUGCACCUGUAAAAUGCACUUCCUGAAAUUGCUUCCCAACGUGCCAGAUCCUCAGAGAAAUACCAAAAGCCAAUAACUAAAGGGGUUUGUUUGUAUAAUGAUGAAGAUGAAGGUCAGCUAAUGUAGCACAGGGUUUAACAAUUCUGUACUUGCAUUACUCUGCGUAUGAGUUUCUCAGAGUUAUUACCCUUGAUCUAGUUUCUCUUCUCCUUGCUGGACUAAACACUUGUUUUGUACCAUGUCUUUUAGCUAUGGGGUUUGUCAUCAUAAAAGGUUACUCUGACAGUACUUUGAAGAGGUAUUUUUAAUAGUUUUGGUUCACUGCUGACCGUAUGACUCUACUUUUGUACAAAUGUCCAUUAUUUUGAAUGUAAUGAUUAUUCUGCUCUAAUAAUAAUUCUUUUUCUAAA